AUGCCCCCAGCAGCCGAUGCUGCUGAAAGGCCAAAGUCCGAGCAAAGAAACGAAAUUCAAUCCGGCGACUGGCCGGAAGAUGUCAAUAAUGCUUAUUCGCACGACAGUGACCACAUGAAGUUCAUUAGUGAUGGGCUCAAUACAGGCGUUCGAGUGCUAGAAGAUGGACGCCUCGACAUUCGGAUCGACGAGCACAAGCCAAGUAUCGCCGGUCUUUUAAAUCAUCUGCAAAACACACCUUUGCCCUCGGAACUUGAAGAUGUCGAGUCUAAGCCAAGCAUUGAUAGCUUACCCGGAGACGGAAAUUCGUUUCCAAUUCACUUGAAUAUUGUGAUUCAAGUGAUCGGCUCGCGGGGUGAUAUCCAGCCAUUCGUCGCUCUUGGUAAAGAGUUGAAAUCCUAUGGACAUCGCGUUCGAUUGGCAACACAUUUAGCGUUUCGUGAUUUUGUGCUCGAUAGUGGAUUGGAGUUCUUCAAUAUUGGCGGUGACCCAGCAGAGCUCAUGGCAUUCAUGGUCAAAAAUCCCGGUCUUCUUCCUGGUCUCGAAACGAUUCGCAGCGGCGCUAUACAGAAACGAAGACGUGAAAUGAAAGAGAUUAUCAACGGGUGUUGGAAAUCUUGCUUUGAGAAAGGCGACGGAACAAAUCUUCAUCAGAUCAAAGAGGAUCUCUGGGGCGAUACUGUUGACUAUCGCCGACGGCCAUUCGUCGCAGAGGCGAUCAUCGCUAAUCCUCCAAGCUUGGCCCAUAUACACUGUGCACAGAGACUGGGCAUACCACUUCACAUCAUGUUUACAAUGCCAUGGUCGCCAACGCAGUCAUUUCCACAUCCGCUCGCUAUUAUUCAUCAACAAGAUUGCAAACCCACGGUCGCCAAUUUUGUUUCCUAUGCCGUUGUCGAUAUGAUGGUAUGGGAAGGACUGGGCGAUCUGGUCAAUACAUUUCGGAAGAAGGCCCUGUCACUCGACUCGCUAGAUAGUAUUACUGCGCCAAGUUUGAUCCACAGGUUGAAGAUACCUUGUUCAUACCUCUGGUCACCAGCAGUACUUCCCAAACCAGUCGACUGGGGCGAUAAUAUUGACAUCUGUGGAUUUAGCUUUUUACCCACAGAAUCCGACUACAAACCACCGCAAGACAUUGCCAAAUUUCUACAAGCUGGACCACCACCUAUUUAUGCUGGGUUUGGUUCGAUCGUAGUUGACGAUCAGAUAAAACUCACCAAUAUCGUUUUCGAGGCAAUAAAAAAGUCCGGCCAGCGGGCGAUAGUCUCUAAAGGCUGGGGAAAUCUUGGCGUGGAAGACGUGGAUGUUCCUGAAAAUAUCCUUGUGAUCGGGAGCUGUCCUCACGACUGGCUAUUUCAACAAGUAUCAUGCGUAAUACAUCACGGGGGUGCAGGUACAACCGCUGCCGGCCUUGCACUUGGACGUCCGACCAUCAUCAUUCCAUUUUUCGGCGAUCAGCAAUUUUGGGGAGAAAUCGUCGCUCGCGCUGGCGCUGGCCCGCUCCCAAUCCCUCAUAAACAAUUGACCGUCGAUAAAUUAAGUGAUGCAAUACAGAUGGCAUUGCAGUCAAGUACGAAGGAAAAGGCGCAGGCCAUAUCGAAAAAGAUGGAACAUGAAUCCGGUGUCAAAGAUGGAGUGCGAAGCUUUCAUCGUCAACUUGAUUUACAGUCACUACGAUGCUGUAUAUGUCCAAGUCGGCCAGCAGUGUGGCAUAUGAAGCACACUGAUUUUGGUUUCAGCGCAUUCGCAGCCACUGUUCUGGUCGAAUCGUGCAAAUUAAGGCCCGAAGACUUAGUCCUGAACCGAUCAAUAGAAUACGACACAUACCGCGAUCCGAUCGGGCCACUCAGUGCCUCUGCCCAGGUUCUCUUCGGGGCUAUCACUAAUUUUGUUACCGGACUAGCGGAUGUUCCAACAGAAAUGAUGCUUGAUCUUGUUUCUGCCGGCCGAGCAAUUGGAAAUCCACAUGCACACAUCAAACCCCAUUCAAAAUGGGGAGGUAAGUGUCCAAAGGACUGUCCUGCACACGAUGAGAUGGUCAGCGACCAAUCAUCUUCAGACCAGAUGGCCAAUGAAGCCAGCAACGCAGAUCAAGGGCCAAGCAAUAGUUCUAACGACGAACUAGAAGAUGAGGAUAAUGAAGACGACGAUGACGAUUACGAAGAUGAUGAAAUGAUGGACACAGGAAGUGAUUCAUUUAUUCCAGACGCUGGGCUUGACAGGACACGAAGUCUGCAACUGGAACAUUCUCGGACCAUGGAUAGCGAGAUUGUUCCUUCACAUGCUCAUAACUUUUUCGUAGAGGCAUCUAAUUACGGUCGCAAAGCGUCUAUGAAGCUCGUCAACCUCAUAAUUUGGCUUCCAACCGAUAUCUCGCUCAGCCUUUCGAAGGGGUUUCAUAACGCACCAAAAUUAUAUCACGACCCGAUGGUCAAAUCAACACCGAAAGUGAAAGGUCUACGGAGUGGCUUUCGAGCUGCAGGCAAGGAAUUUCGUGACGGUUUUUACUAUGGAGUUACAGGAUUAGUUACCCAGCCUCGCUACGGCUAUAAGAAGAAAGGUACGAAGGGAAUGCUCAAGGGAGUGGGGAAGGGAGUCGGUGGGGUUUUCCUGAAACUUCCUGCAGGUCUUUGGGGACUGGCCGGCUAUCCAUUAAGUGGAUUGCGGAGGAAGCUUCUUAACUCAUUAGGCAAAAGUCAAGAGGGAGAAGUCGUUCUCUCGCGUAUUGUCCAGGGCCACGAAGAAAUGCGGGCCUCUUCAGCCGCUGAAAGGGCGGAGGUGGUCAGAAAGUGGAUCCUGGUUGAAGAGAGCCUGCAGGAGAGCAGGCGAUCCAGUCGUCGGCCGUGUACUAAUAACCGGGCUCAAUAA